AGAGUGACGACUAUUGAGCAGUUCAUUACUGAUUGACAGCUUUGAGCAGUUCUCUACCGUUAAACAACCUACCGGCUUGACCAGCUACCCAUCUACCUACUCAUCUACCUUCUUCACUAGCUACCUAUCUACCUUCACCACCUUCUCAUCUACCUUCUUCACUAGCUACCCAUCUACCUUCACCACCUUCUCAUCUACCUUCUUCACUAGCUACCCAUCUAGCUUCUUCACCAGCUACCCAUUUAACUUCACCGGCUACUCAUCUACCUUCAACACCCAGCUUUAUCUCGUGAGCAGUUACAAUGCCACGUGGUAAAUCGUCCCGCCGUUCCCAGGCUGCAAAGCUACGCGUGGCUGGGACACGUGUGGGACAUCAGCAGCCUGGCAAUGCCAGUUUCGCACCCGCUGGCGGUACGGGUAACCGCCAUAGAGUGCAGAAAUGGCCAAUUUCGUCCCUGACAGGACGACAACACAAGAUGGUCAUACCAGCGGAGUCUCCAGACAAGGAAUUUGUCCUCCUUGUUGGAGCUUCACAUCUCCGUUCCAUCGUCGAUGGAAUUGUGAAGAUGCCAGAGGGAAGGUUUUCCUUUGGUGCCAUGUCCACACCGGGGGCAUGCGCAACCCAGCUGCGAACCGAGGCAGCCAAUGCUGUGCUGCCUAGGACACCAGAUGCAGUCUGUGUGAUGGCUCCGAGCAACAACCUAACAUCCAGUAGGACCAUCACCGAAGCAGGAGAGGACUUUGCGGAGCUCCUCGCCACUGCCCGCAGUCGCUGGCCCAACGUUUUUGCCAUGGACUUCCCCCCGCGCCUUACCGUUGACCCUGACUACCAAGACAUGAUGCGUCAGGAAUUUCGUCGUGUUGCGGCACGUAUGGGCGUGAAGUACACACCGCUUGCUGAGUACUUCCCUUUCAAAGAACUUGACCUGUGGAGCAGAGAUGGCGUGCACUUGAGUGACAGUGCGGGAAUGCCAAUCCUGGUCGGUUCUAUCUGGAACGCAACAUACAUGCAACUUGUUCCAGCCGAGCCGAAGCCAUCUCCUGUUGUCCACAGAAGAUCACCGCCUGCGAGGAGAGUCACUCCAAGGGUGAUUGUCAAAGGAGAGGUUGCUAAAUCACCGCAACUGGAUCCUUCCAAGUGGACCGUUUUCGGCCAGGGCAGGAAGAGGAGCCAACACGAUGAACCUGAGCAGUCCAUUGAUGCACUUAAAGAAGCAGGGACUGUUCAGCAGGAGGAAGUGGAGGAGAGUUAUCUUCCACUGACACCUGUGUGGUUUAGCAGUGCAAUGUUGGUUGAGAUGGACAAGAUUAGUCCAUCCCAUCUUCCUGGCCCUGAUGAGUGCACACCACCGGUUCCAACACCACAAAAGAAAGCAAAGUUGGACCUGAAGCAGAGGGCUCCUGCCUCCAAGAAAACCCUGGCAAAGCGACAGGGGGAGGCAGCUCCCAUUGUUGUGGAGGUGAUUUUACGGCCACCUACCAGUAGAGGGACAGUUGCUGUGGAGCAGCAGGAGGAGCCAUUGCCGGGGUUGGAGCCAUUGCCAGGAGUGGAGCCAUUUCCAGGGGUGGAGCCAUUUCCAGGAGUGGAGCCAUUUCCAGGAGUGGAGCCAUUUCCAGGAGUGGAGCCAUUGCCCCGCGCAGAGCCAUCACUGAGCGUGGAGCCAUCAUCCAGCAAGGAGCCAUCAUCCAGCAAGGAGCCAUCAUCCAGCAAGGAGCCAUCAUCCAGCAAGGAGCCAUCAUCCAGCAAGGAGCCAUCACCCAGCGUGAUAGUGGAUGUUGAUGAGGACAACGGAUGCAGAACAGGUAAGGGCUAUGCUUGCAUGUGUUCAGAAAAAGUGCAGCUGGCUGUUGUCGCAGGGACUGUUGUGAGGUAUGCAUCCGUUUCUGACGAUAAAAUAUCUGUUGCAUGUUCUAUAGCGGCUGCGAUCAAACAUUUGAUUGCGCCUGUGUGUUCGUGGAGCAGUACAGAUAUCGAUGCCAUACGUGUUGCAGGGUCAAAGCUUAACUCGUUUGUAUUAGGGGAAGCCCAUAAAAUGAAUGUAAAGCCAAAGAACUUGUGCAGGUUGGUUGAGCAGACCAGUGUGUUUGGACGUAAGUGGAACGUCAAUAUGGGUCUGCCAGUGUACGGCGAAUUUAAUUUGUCUGAAGGGGAACAGGUAUUGUCGGAGAAGCUGCUUGAACACUUAUCCAGGGAUGGCAUGUGUCUGUUUAGCCUAAAUUCCGCAGCCAGUGUCAUUAUUCAACACAAUGACUGUAUUGUGGUCGUUGAUUGUGGCACACGUGCUGCGUCUGGGUUAGCAUCCAGUUAUGGCACAUCUGUAGCCGUGUUCAACACAUGCCUUAAUGACCUGAUGUUUUACAUCAGGAAUCUCAAUAAUUCAUUGAAUGCACAGAAGUUUAGCAUUACAAGACUUUCUGUGAAAGCAGCUGAAGUUAAUUCGGAGACGGCUAGAGUCAUUGAUGGGGAUAUGGGGUGUGUCAGGGGAACAUUCAGUCAGGGUGAUCAACGCUUUAAAUAUGCAGGACUUCAGUGCAUGGCUGUCAGUUUGGUAGGCAUAGCCAAACACAACAUUGACAGUGUGUUUACAUGGCAGACCGACAACCUGGAUAAAGUUGUUGUACUUGGUGACAAUCUGUACACCUCCCUGCGUGACCAACAAGGUAUCAGUGGAGGAUACAGUCUACUUUCGGUUCCAGAUCUGCCCAAGGAGACCAUUAUCGACGGACAAAGAUUUCUGUUUCAAUACAGUGACUUUGUGUCUGGAGAUGUGGAUGUGGUUGAGGGUGAUAUCAUUGAUAAGGGUGUGCACACCACUUUAAAAUACGCACUGGAAAGCAUGUGUAGUAAAUAUGACACAUGCUUUCUGACAAUGAAUGGCGCUACAUGUGCCAUCAUUGGUCAAGGUGGACACUACGCAGUGGUCGACUCCCAUGCACGCAGUGCGUCUGGGAUGAGCGAUGGCGAGGGGCGUAGUGUUGUUCUGUAUUUCAGAGGCCUUGAACACGUGUUUGAAUACAUAUGGACAUUUGCAGCGUUCCUCAAGAAGUCUCAAAAACAGUUUGAGAUCGCUGGUGUCCGAGUCACUCACAUAGGCCCAAUUGAAAGCAGUAAUCUGUCUUUGGGUCCAAGAGUGACUCCCAAAACAACAGAGACUGAUUUGGGUUGUAGUUCAACUAUUCAGUCCACACUUGGCUGCACCAACAUUCAGAUGGGUGCAAAGCGUAAGAUUCGUAAGGGAUCUUCUGCUUGCAAAAAAUUAAAAAAGAGUGAUGUUACCGCAGAUAAUUCAGACGUUGCUUUUGUCAAAGAAGUAAGAAGUGGACGACUGCAGUUUAAUCCUCUUAGUCAUCAACUUGCACAAGCUCUUUGUGAGCAGUUACAUGUGCAUUCAGAAAAAGUAGAUUUUGUGUCUACACAAAUUGGUUUAAUAGGGGCUCCAUGUCUCAAUGAAAAAAUAGAGGGUGACGGAAACUGUUUCUUUAGAGCAGUGAGUCAAGCUGUGUGUGGUACACAAAGGCAUCACACAAUAAUUAGGCGUGCAGUGGUUCAUCAAAUGCAGAGCAAUGCUGUGCCUUAUGAGCGUAUUUUGACCUCCUCCAUGUCAGAAUACCUCAGCACAUCCAAAAUGCGGGAGGUUGGCAGUUGGGCAACAGAAUUAGAAAUUCAAGCAGCAGCAGAUGCGUUUGGAGUUAAUAUAUUCACAUAUUGUGAUCCACGCUGGCUAAAAUAUAGUUGCGAGAACGGGCAGUUGUCUAAUCAGGGGGUUUAUUUGGAAAACCGCAAUGGUAAUCAUUAUGAGACUGUUGUGUGUGUAAAACAACCUAAUUUGCAGAGUUGUUAUGGGUAUUGCAAAUUUGACACUUCUUGUCCAAGACUGUACAAUGUCAGACGGACAACUAGGGGCAAAAGGAGGGUUACCGAACAAACGCAUGGUACAUCGUCUGCUGGGGACACAGAUUGUGUGGAAAAGAGUGAUGUAAGUAAAAUCACUCUUGAAUUUAAUCCUUUGUGCAAUGAAGUGGCAAAAACACUUUGCACAAAGUGUAAUAUAGACUUUGAAAAGCAGGAUGUACAGGGACCUACAGUAACUGGGUCCCUAGGUGUGGUCUGUAAGACCGAAAAAAUUAAAGAGGACGCCAAUAGUUUCUUCGGAGCGGUAGCUCAUGUUCUCAGUGGUUCUCAGAAGAGCCAUCGAAAGAUUAGAAAGACUGUUGUGAAGCAUAUGAUGAAUCACGCAGAACAAACUAAAGUAGUUGGGGGAUCUGCUUCAAUUUCAGACUACAUUGAGAAGUCUCGGAUGAAGUAUGUAGGACAUUGUGCCACAGAUGUAGAAAUCCAAGGGACAGCAAAUGCUCUUGGAGUGGACAUUUUUAUCUGCAGUGGGGAAAAAUGGCUCAAAUACACUUGUAAUUGUGCAAUGCUUUCAAAAGAAAAAAUAUACUUGAAACAUUGUGAUAAAAAUCAUUUUGAGCCAGUGGUUUGUAUCAAACCUUACGAUGAACAAAGGUGCUUUGAAUUUUGUAAAGUGGGGGGUUUGUCAGAGACACGGUCUAUGCGUAGCAGUGUCGAUAUCUGUACUGGGAAGGGUGGGGUUAAAGACAAUGCAGAGAGUGUUGCCAGCUGUAGUCGUAGGCAUUCAACAUAUUUAAAAAAGAUAUACAGCUCAAAAAUUAAACGGUAUUAUAAAAGUAACACAGGGUACCAGCAAACGAUUAGGGAUGCGUCCAUGAAAAAGUAUAGUGAUGCAGAUUAUCAAGAGAUAGUAAGAGUCGGUCUUAGAAAAAGGUAUUUCGAGGAUGAUGAUUACAAACUCAGAGCAAUUGAAAAAGAUCAGGUUAGAUACCAUGAAGACCCAUUGCAAAAUCAGAUGAGGAAGGAUUUGAGUAAAAGUAUCUAUAGACUAAAGGUUUUACACAGACAAAAAGUUAUAGCAUUUAGCAAACGUAAAUAUAGGCAAAAUAAAUUGCAUAGAAAGAAGGUAAAAUCCAUGAGUUCAAAAAGGUAUCAUGGUAAUCCAGAUUAUAAGAAGCGAGUAACAGCUAGCAACAAAUUGAAGAGGCAACAAAUGCAAAAAAAUAGACAGGUAUUUGAUAUUGUGAUGCAGCAGUUUUUGGCCAAAGUUAAGAAUGGACCCGUUUUUGUUUGUAGCUGCUGCGAGAAGUUGUUAUUUGAAUCGCAGGCCUUGCACUGUAAAAAAGACAAAUAUAAGAAUCAAGAACUCGCCAAUAAAUGCAUCAGAGACACAUAUUUACACACAUGUACUGAUGACUGUGAAGUACCCUGUGUUUGGAUUGAUAUUGGGAGAGGGCAGUCUUGGAUCUGCAGCAACUGUGAUACCAAACUUAAGAGAGGUGUGCUGCCACCUGAAUGUGUUCUCAAUAAUUUGGCAGUAGACCCCAUUCCCCCAGCAUUGGCUUGUUUGAACAGCAUAGAGCAGCAUUUAAUUGCCAGAAAUAUACCAUUUAUGAAGAUGGUGGCAUUGCCCAAAGGUGGGCAAAAUGGAGUUCACGGACCGGUGACGUGUGUUCCAGCCAAUAUAGUCCAAACUACAAAUUUGCUCCCCCGCUCAAGGAUGGAAGGUUCCAUCUUGCGAAUAAAGUUAAAGCGUAGAUCGACCUACAAAGGUCAUUAUAAAUUUCAAUUUGCAGACCCAAUGCACAUAAUGCGGGCAUUACAAUAUUUAAAAAGAAACAAUAAGCACUAUAGGGAUAUUGAAUUUAAUAAAAGUUGGUAUAACGAGUUUUGUAGGGAGGAGGAAGAGAAUGAACAAACCCACACCAAGGAAACAUCAUCAGAGGCUGCUGAGGAACAGCCAUGUUUGUUUCAGGACAUGGAUUUGAUGGCUGUGGAUACUGAUCUGGAAAUUGCAGAUCAGUUUUCAGAUAGAGAACUGAACAUGGCCCCAGCAGAAGGCAAUAGUCCUGCAAAAGAAAGUUCAUUCAUUCCUGUAAGGGUUCCCGAGUUUGAGGAACUUGAUGACGCUCUGCUUAAUGAGUUUUGGAGGGAACGGGAUGAUGACUUUGUAGACAAUUCGACCUUGAUGGAUUUGCCAACUAAUGAAACGUCUGAUGCUAAUGCUGAUGAUGAGCUUUUACACGACAGGCAACAGCAUUGCAUGUUUCAGGACACAUGUCUGAUGCCUGUUGAUAUUGGACAGGAAGUGUUGGAUCAAUAUUUUGAUAGUACAUUAAAUGUCGCUCCAGCAGAGGGUAAUAGUCCUGUGAGGCUGUUAGCAGACAUUUCCAACGAAGCAAAAUGCUUUCCUGUAUUGUUCCCACUGGGCAUUAACACCUACCGUGAUUCGAGGCCCCGCAAGAUAACAUUAGCACGCUAUUUGAAUAUGCGUGUUUUAAAUGCUGAUGUUAGGUUUGCACAAAAUAUAGAAUACAUUUUUUAUGCUCAGUAUUUGUCUGAGGUGCAACAGGUAUUGUCCAGUGUGUCUAUUGCAUUGCGAAAAGGCAAAGCAGGCUUUCCAUCCAAACCGAUAGAAGAUAAUUUGUUGAAUCAGGAAACCAUAAGAAAACUGUUGAAAUUUGAUGAUGGCUUUCGUUUUCUCUCACCUAUUAGAGGUACUCCAGCAUUUUGGCAGCGCGCACAGAGUGACCUCCUCGCUUGUGUGCGUCAACUUGGUGUGCCUACCUGGUUUUGUUCAUUCUCUUCGGCUGAUCUUAGGUGGGCAAAUUUACUCGACGCUAUUUUAAAACAGGAAGGUAGAACACAGACCGCUGAAGAUUUAGAUUGGGCAGACAGAUGUGAACUCUUGCGUCGUAAUCCUGUGACAGCGGCCAGGAUGUUUGACUAUAGAUGGAAUUGUUUUUUGAAAGAAGUACUUAUGUCCCCUUCACACCCAAUUGGCAAGAUUGUAGAUUAUUUCUAUCGCGUGGAAUUUCAGCAGCGUGGCUCACCUCAUGUGCAUUGCUUGUUUUGGAUUGAGAAUGCACCCAAAAUUGAUAAGAAUACAGAUGAAGAGGUGAUUCAAUUCAUCGACACAUAUGUGACAUGUGAAUUACCAUCACAAGAUGAGCCGUUAAAGGACAUUGUGACAUCUGUGCAACAGCAUUCCAAAAGACACUCUAAAACGUGUAAGAAAAAUAACACCGUUUGUCGAUUUAAUUUCCCCAGGCCAGCUACUGCCAGUACAUUUAUAUGUCGCAGCAGUGAAGAUCAAUGCUUAGCAGAAUGUAGCUGUAACUUGACACCAUGCGAGUGUGUAAAAUUAGAGUCUUUGGCCGAAAAAAAGGAGAAGAAGGAGUUUGCAGUUAAAAUUCUGAACUCCGUCAAAAAGGCUCUUUCAGACGAAAAUGUAAUAUUUGAAAGCCUGGAACAAUUAUUUGAAAGUCUGGGGAUUAAUCAAGCGAUCUUCGAGGCUGCUUACAAAUUGGUUGGUAGAAAGACACACGUUGUAUUGAAAAGACAAAUUGGCGAAGUCUGGAUUAAUCAAUACAACAAACCACUGUUAAAAUGCUGGAAUGCCAAUAUGGACAUUCAGUAUGUGGUCAAUGCCUAUGCAUGUGUUGUCUAUAUAAUUUCCUACAUCUCCAAGGCAGAAAAGGAAAUGGGAUUAUUAUUGGGUAAUGCACAUAAAGAAGCAUCACAGCAGGGCAAUCUAGAUGCCAAGGAUGCAUUUAAAAAGUUAGGGAGUGUGUAUUUACACAACCGAGAUGUGUGUGCCCAAGAGGCAGUCUACAGAUUGACACACAUGUCCCUGAAGACAUGCUCUCGCUUGGUCCAAUUUGUGCCAACAGGGAAAAAUACAAUUAAAAUAAGUAGGCCAUUAAGUGUGUUAAAACAGAUGGCAGAUUCAAAUAGUCUAACCACAGACAACAUGUGGAUGACCGGUUUUGUUGACCGUUACAAAAAUCGGCCAAAUGACGCGGUUUUUAAUAAUAUGUGUUUGGCAACAUUCGCAUCCGAAUACAGGGUUAUGUCACAGAGUGAAAGUCUCAAAAAUGCCAUCGAACUCCAAAAUAAUUUCGGGUUUAUUAUUAAAAGAACGCGAACAAAAGCAGCAGUUGUGCGUUAUGCAAAAUUUUCCAAAACAAAGUCUCCGGAAUUGUUUUUCUACAGCAAUUUCCAAUUGUUUCUGCCGUAUCGCAUCGACGAGCAGUUAAAGCCACACAAUUGGGAAACGUGUGAAGACUUUUACAAGAGCGGUCGAGUUAGAUUUGCCGAUGGAUCCAGACAGCUGGUGAAAUCAGUGGUCGACGCGAAUAGAGCUUUGUUUGAACUUGAUUCGGAUGAAUUACAAAAAAUCCAAGACUCUUUAGACGGUAAUGUAGAUUUUGAAGACGCUUGGUGUGACCUGUGCCCCGAACAGGAAUUGGAAAAUCUUCAAUGCAAAGAAGAGCGGGAACAAAUUGAAACCGUAGACGGGGAGCAAAUAGACGCUAUUCCUGAUCUUGCCGUUAAUAAUCGGCAAAUCGGCCAUUUGGAAAAGACAAAGAAUAUUUUGAGCAGAAGCGAAGGGCUGAAAUUAGUUCGGUCUCUAAACGAAACCCAAAUGUCUAUUUUCUAUCAAAUACGACAAUGGUGUUUAGACAAAAUCUCGGGUAAAAAUCCAGACCCGUUUCACGUAUUUAUAACAGGCGGUGCUGGGACGGGAAAGAGCCAUUUGAUCAAGGCUCUGCAGUAUGAGACAGCCAGGUUGCUCUCAACACUCUGUGAAAACCCUGAUUCUGUGUGUGUGUUGUUGACUGCCCCAACUGGAAUUGCUGCAUACAAUUUAGACGCAGCAACUAUCCAUAACACAUUUAGCAUUGGCGUUAAUUCAAAAUUACCCUACACACCUUUAGGCGAGGAAAAAAUAAAUAGUCUGCGGGCCAAAUAUAGAGACGUGCAAAUUUUAAUUGUCGAUGAAAUAUCCAUGGUCGAUCACAAACUCAUGGCAUAUAUUCAUGGCAGAUUACGUCAAAUUAAACAAUGUAAUGAUUAUUCCCCAUUUGGUAGAGUUAGUGUGGUAGUUGUUGGAGACUUUUUCCAGCUGCCACCAGUGAAAGGAAAUGCCUUGUAUGUCGAGAAAGUAGGAUUUAACCUGUGGCACAACCUAUUUAGCAUUGUAGAGCUUAAAACAAUAGUCAGGCAGAAAGAUAUUGUUUUUGCGGAACUGCUAAAUAGGUUGAGAACACGCUCAAAAGAAACAGCAUUGUCAGCUAGUGACAUUGAUUUGUUGAAGAGCUGUGAAACAGGGGAAGAAAGUUCAGCAUUACACAUUUUCCCCACAAACGCUCAGGUUAAUGAUCAUAAUCUUGUGCAACUGUUGAAAACAUGCCCGGAACAUGUCGAAAUAGAAGCUCAGGAUACUGGCCAUAACAGAAAAACUGGAAAACUUGAGUUAAAACAUGGACAUCACACCAACAUCUAUCAGACAUGUUUAGCGGAACGUUUGGUUCUCGGGGAAAAUGCUCGUGUAAUGUUGACCAAAAAUAUAGAUGUAACGGAUGGGCUUGUGAACGGGGUAUGCGGCACGGUGAGACACAUAGUGAUUUCACAAGGUGAAAGAUUUCCACAAACUGUGUACGUCCAUUUUGACGAUGACAGAGUUGGGGCACAGCGCAGGAAAGAGUCUGCAAAUGCAUCAAGUCAAUUAGUGAACUGUACACCAAUUUUUCCAGAAGAGGAUAGAGUCACCGUUAAAGGUGGGUUGCGUCGCCAAUUUCCCCUUAAACUGGCUUGGGCUUGUACAGUACAUAAGGUGCAAGGGAUAACUGUUGAUAGAGCUGUGGUGUCACUUAAAAAAAUAUUUGCUGCUGGACAGGCAUAUGUUGCAUUAAGUCGUGUUACAAAUUUAUCAGGCUUAAUCAUUCAAGAUUUUAAAGCUAAUGCCAUCUAUUGUAAAACAAAUGUUACGCAAGCAAUUCAGUGCAUGCCUCAGUUUCUACGUGAAGAAAGGAUCCACCCCAAAUUGCACACAGACAAUUUUACUGUGUUUUUGACAAAUGUGCAAAGUUUGACACGUCAUGUCGAAGAUUUGACCCUUUGUACACAGCAUUUGCAGCCUAACUGUAUUGCUGUUACAGAGACAUGGCUGCCUGCCGUCUCAUCAUUUGACGACAUUAACAUCAGUGGUUAUACAUUUGCUAGUUGUUCUCGAAGUGCAUCUUACACCAGCGAGAACCCAGCAUUGGUUGCUCUGCAAGACCAACAACAUGGUGGUGUUGGCAUAUAUAGUGCAAACAGUAUUGAAUUUAGUAUUCUUCAAGUGCCAGAUGUAAAUUUAGAAUGUAUAGUGUACAACUGUUUGUCUCACGACAUAUUAAUUGCGGUAAUUUAUAGACCACCAUCAUAUCCCAUGUCUUUGUUUAAAGAACAUUUAGGCAAAUUACUAGAUUUGUUAGAUCUAUUAGGUGACACAAUUGCUGUGAUGGGUGAUUUCAAUGAUGACAUUUUAAAAACAUCAACAAUUUGCAAAUUUGUAACAGACAAAGGGUAUGUGCAGCAAGUCACACAACCCACUACCGAAAAGGGCACAUUAAUUGACCAUGUAUAUGUGAAAACAACACAGUAUGAUGUAGAAUCAACUGUGUUGCCCACCUAUUUCAGUGACCAUGAGGGGAUUCUGUGUUCUUUUGCACAACUGCUGAGGUAGAGUAACUUCAGACGUCAAGCAAAUGUAGGUAGAAAUUCUGUGUUUUUUCUUCACCUUGUGUUUCAUCGUGCCAAAUUAUGCGCUUCUACAGUCUGUCGAGAUAUUUUAUCAGAUCAAAACAUCCCCCCCUAGUUUAAUUUGGU